AUGACCCUAUAUCAGAUUCCCACGGAAUCCUUUGAUGAGGUCAGGACUGUGCUCAUGUCCAAGCUCAGUAAAAUUUGUAGAAGAUCACUAGGCUUCGAUGGCACCUUUCAGAAACGCCAUCUCCGUCUUGAGCUUGCAGCUCGUCCCCUUGGCCAUACCUUGGCCGAGUCUCCGCGCUGUCAUUCGGGCAUGGUGUCUCACGGUGGAAGGAGCUUUUCGUGCAUGGCGGGUGUCGACGUGUCAGUUGGUCGGUCUGGAGCAACAAACAUGAACGACAAUACACCGCUACCCUAUGGAGAGAGACUCUCGCCCACCCCUCGCUUCUCCAGACAACCCACAGCGGGUUCGCUGAUCAAGAUCCUACGCGCAACCACCACCGCCAUUCACCACCGCCAUUCCCAACAGAACGCCGUCACUUGGAGGAGGUUAUCGCAACUGCGAGCGAGCUUCUCUCAUGGAGAACGAGAGGCCAUACGCAUACACACACACGUCGAUAAAGGAGGGGUAAAUUGGAAUCAGCGCAGCUCGGCCGUAGAUACAGACACAUUGCAGACAAGCGGCAACUGGUCAGUGGCCUACUCUCGCCUGUUGCCGGAUGCCUACAACGGUAUCAACUUUCAACUGCCUUUCCCGGUUUACCCAUGA